AUGGCUUGCGGAUGCUUGGGCCAUGCCAACGUGCUAAGCACCACACUCUUGUCUUCUCAUUGUCUGCUUGCUCCUCUCGAACUGUCUGUGGGUGCAUUCAUCCAUCCUUCUCUCUUCGCAUUGUGGUCCAAGGGAGGAGAGAAUUGUGUGGAACCCAAUUGCACACAUGCUAGGGUUUCAUUGGAGGUGUACACCGAAGUGUACGUCGAGUGUGAAGGAAAAUGA